CAUUCCUGUGAACGGCGGCAAGUAGCAAAAGCAAUUCACUAUCCACUUCCCCGUUGUGGCUAUCUUGUAGUCCACCUGUCUUCAUUGGCAGCGAACGUCUUUCUGAAAUGAAUUCGAAGAUAAGAGUCUCAAGUUUAGCCGGUGGAGGGAAGGAAGAGAAGGAGAGAAGUUGUGGAAAGAGCGGGGGCAUCCAAACGUAGCAAUGGCGACCAUAAUCUUUGAUCGUGCUUGUGUAAGAAGCGCUUAUGGUUCUUCGCCUUCUUUCAAUGCCAAAUUGCGGGCUGCCCUGAUGAAGAAAAAGCUACGUACUCAGCUGGGAAUUAGAGCUUGUCAUUCCAUGGUUGACGAGAAAGAAGUCUACAAGCAAGUGGGUUUAUUUUCUCUAAGAAGGAAAAUUGAAGAUGCAGUUCUUCGGGCUGAAAUGUUUGCUCCUAUGGCCUUGGAGAUGGAAGAAGCAAGAUGGAUUGAGCAAGAAGAAAUGAUACGUAACUAUAAUCUGUGGGAUGAUCUUAAUAAGUCGAAUGACAUUCUGGUCAGGUUAGCAGAUAGUGCCAAAGUGGUUGAUGCUCUUAAGGACUUGAAAUAUAAGGUGGAGGAAGCAAAGUUGAUUAUUCAGCUGGCUGAGAUGAAUGCCAUUGAUUAUGGGUUUUAUAAGCAAGCAUAUGAUGCAUCUUUGGAUGCAAGCAAGAUUCUGGAUCAGUAUGAGAUGUCUAAGCUUCUCAAGGGGCCAUUUGAUCUGGAGGGAGCUUGUUUAAUUAUUCAAGCUGGGACAGGAGGCAUCCACCAUAAGCUUUGGGCAGAACAGCUUCUAAGUAUGUAUCUUAAGUGGGCCAAAAAGCAAGGUCAUGAAGGAAGAGUAGUUGAUAGAUUCCUGUUCGAGAAUGGUGGUAUUGCCUCAGCAACUAUAGAAUUCGAAUUUGAGUGUGCUUAUAGUUAUCUUUCGGGAGAAAAAGGAGCUCACCACAUGAUAAGGAGUUCUUUGGAUGAAUCUUCUCUGCUGGAGGCCAGCUCAGCAGUUGUCGAUGUUGUUCCCCUGUUCCUUGAAAAUUCAUCUGACCUGGAAAUUGAUCACGAGGAUUUGAUUAUCUCAUCGCCUUCAAGUAUUGGAGAACAGAAGGGCCGUACUGAGGCAAGAGUUUGCAUUCAGCAUCAACCGACUGGGAUAAGUGCGGAGUCCUCAGGUGAGAGAACCCAUUUUGCUAAUAAGAUGAAGGCGCUUAACAGACUGAAAGCUAAACUUGAAGUGAUAGCAAGGGAACAAGGAGUUUCCGGGAUAAGUAGUAUAAGGAAAGAUGCCAUUGUGAAUCUGUGGCAAGAAGAAACUCGUAGGUAUGUCUCUCAUCCGUACAAGCUAGUCCACGAUAUAAAGACUGACAUUGAGGUGCCAGAACUAAAUUCUGUUUUGGAGGGCAAUAUUGGAUCCCUCAUUGCAGCUCAUAUCAAUGCCAGAAACUUAUGCCACAAGGUCUAAAUCUUCUAGUCGCCUUCUAUACAAGUCUCUGAUUCCGUUAAGUGGGCAGUUGAUUACACCUUCAAUGUAAAAAAAAAAAAGAAAAAAAAAAGAAAAGGAGAAGAAGAAGAGUACGUAUUACUUAUAUUCUGCAUUUUCUUCAUGUUCCAACUUCCUAGAUCUACUUCAAUUUCUUGUCAUAGGGGAAAUCAUGUAUAUAGAUUGAUCGCAGACUCGGUUAUAUUAACAUCGUUAUGUUUCGCUA